AGGAAGUCGAGCUUCAUUUGGCUGAAAUUGGGACAGGAUUUCCCAAACUUCCUUCGGGGAAAAAAUAACCUAACGGUGGACGAGAUUGAAUUCCUAGCUGUUUGGAUACUUAAAGAAGAUAUUUGAAGACUGCUUUUGGAAUCGAAUAGCAUGGAUCCCAGCAGUGACUAUCAUUUCCUCAAUCAGAUUUUGUGGAGAAGGGUGAAACUCACUUUGGUUUCUGGCGUAUUUGAGGGAGUUCUCCAGCAUGUGGAUCCUAACAAGAUUGUUGUCCUGAAGAAAGUGAAGAAUGUGGAGACUGGUCGAAGUGUUCCAGGAGUGAAGAUGUUUUUUGGGCAUGAGAUUCUGAACGUGGAACUGCUGGAUGAAGUGGAACAAGGUGCGAUGAGAGAAAAGGCAUCUUCUGUCAGUCUAAAUACAGAAAGAACCAGGAUGGAUAAAGGUGAAGACCUGAACAUAUGUGAGUCUCUUUCUCCUGCCUCUGAGCCGCCAACCACCUCUCUGCUGAGUGACCUCAAGUUCAGCCUAUCAGAGGAAGAGGAGGUAACAUACACAGUCAUUGAUCAGUUCCAGCAGAAGUUUGGUGCUGCAAUGCUCCACAUCAAGAAGCAGAGUGUCCUGAGUGUGGCAGCAGAAGGUGCUAAUGUGUGUCGUCAUGGGAAACUAUGUUGGCUUCAGGUGGCCACAAAUAGCCGAGUUUACUUAUUUGAUAUUUUCCUUCUGGGAAGUCGUGCUUUCAACAAUGGACUUCAGAUGGUAUUAGAAGACAAGAGAAUUUUGAAGGUUAUCCACGAUUGUCGUUGGCUUUCUGAUUGCCUCUCUCAUCAGUAUGGAAUUUUGCUGAAUAAUGUCUUUGACACACAGGUAGCAGAUGUCCUUCAAUUUUCCAUGGAAACAGGUGGCUUUCUUCCAAACUGCAUCAGUUCUUUACAGGAGAGUUUAAUCAGACACCUUAAGGUAGCCCCUAAAUAUCUCUCCUUUCUGGAAGAAAGACAGAAAUUGAUUCAGGAAAAUCCAGAAGUGUGGUUCACACGACCUCUUUCACCCUCCUUACUGAAAAUUUUGGCCCUGGAAGCUACCUAUCUACUACCCCUUCGUCUGGUACUCCUGGAUGAGAUGAUGUCUGACCUAACCACCCUUGUGGAUGGGUACCUGAACACUUACCGAGAAGGGUCUGCAGACCGCCUGGGGGGCACAGAGCCUACAUGUAUGGAGCUUCCAGAAGAACUGCUUCAACUCAAGGACUUCCAGAAGCAGCGCAGAGAGAGAGCUGCAAGAGAAUAUAGGGUGAAUGCACAGGGACUCCUAAUAAGGACAGGGAUAUGUCCAAAGAAAUCAGUGACAGAGACAGUGGGGAAAGAGGGGAAAGGGGGGGUUUCAUUGCUUUGUAAGAACUCUACGCCAGAUAAAACUCCAGGUUUUACAUCUCAUCAGGAUGGAAAUUUGCUGAUAGAAAAAUCUAAAAAUAAACAAACUCUGACAGAAUCUCAACAUCAACCUCCCAUGAAGGAAGAAACCAGUGAGGAUGGUGUCAACAAACUCAUUUGCCCUGAGCCAGAGGGGCUAGAGGACCAGGGGAGAAUAAUUCAAAAAGAACACGGUAAGAUACCCAAACAGGAAUUUCAGACAAGUUUAUUUUUGAAAGAGGAGAUAGAACAGUUACUGAUGCUGGAAAACAAGGAAGACCUAAAAUGCACAAAACAAGAUGUUUCAGUGUCUCCUUCCCUUCCUCAGGAAACCAGAGUGUCUCCAAGUGACACCUUUCAUCCUUUUAGAAAGGCUGUGCUUCCCACACUUCCUCCCUGUCCAGCCUUGGAGAAAACCGAUUCUUGGAUUAAUCUCUCUCCAAAUUUAUCUUAG